GGGCAGCAAUUCCAUUUCAUUCUUCAUUUCUAUCUCCCCUGUGGAAAUUGCAAUCAAGUUCGUUCCUUUUUGGUGCUUUGAGUGGCAGGUCAAGAAAGCUCAUGGUUGGAACUGGGCAGUGUUUUCUUUUGAAUGGCUUUAUUUUCUUAUGAAGCAGGCUCCGGUGGGGAACAGUAAUCCUCCAAAAUUUGUGGUUACUGUCCUAUAUAUGUGCCCAGUUAAAGCCCUCUUCUCCAAAUUUCAGAUGCCUUAAAAAUUACAAACCCUGAAAAAAUCUCAGAAACCUCUUCUCUUCCCUUUCUGCCUUGUUAUUAAUAAUAGGAGGAAGAUGAAAAACAACAUGAUGGACAUGUGGAAAAUCAUCCACAUCCCUGACAAACCACCGAUCCCUCCUAACCAGCAACCCACUGUGAAUGUGUUGGCAUCAGUUAUUGAUCCAAAGCAUGCUAAUACCCUUAUAAGGCGAUUAAAUCAGAUAGCUCCUUUUGAAAAUCUAUGCCAUGUCAAGCGGAUUCGAAAGAAGCAUCUUGAAGGAGGAAAAACUCAGCUUUCAGUAAUUUUAUGUCUUGCUUCUGAGGAUAACAGUCUGUUGAACAGCUUGCCACAAGAUGUACAAGAGUUGAGCAAUUCCUACCAGUUGAGUCCUUUUGUUACAAAAGUUUGCAAAUAUGCCGCGACAUCCAAAGAAGAGUGGGAAGAACAAUGCAAGCUAUGGCCAACCUCAUACCAUCCACCUACCUACAAUAUUGAUGGGAUUACUGGAUUCAGUGAAGAGGAUUCAUUGUCAGUUUUCAGCUUCAUGAAAGUUGCUAUUGAGUUGGCAAAAUCUGGUGAUGGUUUGAUUGUCAAUGCUGCAGUUAUAGUGGAUCCUUCAGUUCCGCAGAUCAUUACAAAUGGACGUGAUCAAAUCUUCUCGUGGCAUGCUCCCACAAACAAGACUUGCAUCAGAAAUGACUGCAUUGAACAGUCCACGACCCUUAUUUCUCAUCAGUCUAAUGGAGCAGCAAGUCUUAUAACAGAAGUGCUUCCAAAUGCUUCGCCUGGUGAACCUGAAAGUUUGUCUUAUGUGGUGUCUUGUUUAAACCCUUGGAAGUGGUCUGAACAGCGAUCAGAUACAGCUAAUUCUUGUUAUUGGCAUCCUUUACGACAUGCUGCUGUUGUUGCCAUUGAAUCUUCUGCUGACAGGGACAGACGCCUGUUCCCUGGUUUAGGAGAUGCUGAAGAGAAAACCUUUGAAACUUCACAAUCAUCUUAUGUUGGUUCCCCAGUGAAAAGACAAAAGACGAGUGUUGCAAAUGUCGAGAAGAAGGAAGCGGAUCCUCCUGACAUGCCUUCAAAUUCUGUACCAGAGAGACCUUAUCUGUGCACUGGUUAUGACAUCUAUCUUGUGUGGGAGCCAUGUAUAAUGUGUGCAAUGGCACUUGUUCAUCAGAGAAUUAGACGAAUAUUUUAUGCUUUCCCCAAUCCAAUUACUGGUGCAUUGGGAAGUGUUCACAGACUACAAGGAGAGAAAAGCUUAAACCAUCAUUAUGCUGUAUUCAGAAUCUGUGUGCCUGAAGAAGUUCUUGAUAUAGCUGGAGACAGCAAGAGCUGCUGAUGUCAACUGAAGUGCCAACCACUGUUAGUUAACAAGAUUGGUCCAGGUCAUGAUAGAAUUUAAUUGAGCAUUUUUUUCAAGGAAUAGGAUUUUAACUUUUGCACCAAGAAGAUGAAUGCAUGAUUUUUCUCUUAGCAAAUGCAGAAGUUCCUUACAGAGCUUUGGACUGCAGAAAUGUGCUCCUGGGUUCUCAAAGCCAAUAUGUAUUAUGGCUUCAUUUGAAGGUGCUGAUGAUUGAUUCACAGAUCGUUGACCUUCAUGGAUUAUGUACACAUUUAAUUCAAACACUUCACGUGUGCUAACCAUACACUUUCUAUUCGAAGCUGCUACUUUCAGAAA